UGGAAGAGGUAUUUUCAAGACCAGGUAGCAGAAAUGAGAGACGAAGAAGCCCAGAGGCCCCAAGCAACCACCAAUGGCGGCGGGGGCAGCAGCAGCAGUACGAGUUCAGCAUCAGGCUUAAGUAACAGCAGCAGCAGCAAGAGAGAAUUGGGUUCUUCUUGUUCUAGAUUGGAGAGACUGUUUGGCAGAGGCAAGUACAAGCUGUGGGCUUUGGCUGCCAUAAUUCUACUGGCACUUUGGUCGAUGUUCACUGGCACUGUCACUCUAAAAUGGUCUGGUCUUGACCUCAAACACUCCUCCCAUGACUCCGAUGCCUCAAUCCAUGCUGAUCUUGAUGUUCUGGAUGUUGAUGAAAGGGAGAAGAUGGUGAGGCAGAUGUGGGAUGUGUACAAACACAGCAGCAUAGUUAGGCUGCCAAGCUUCUGGAGAGAAGCAUUUGGUGCAGCAUACCAAGAUCUAACCAGUGAGGUUGCCAACAUUCGGAACAACGCCCUACUCGAGAUCGCCAAGAUGUCGUUCCGAUCACGAUCGCCAGACAUAGACAUAUACGAGUUGCCUGCUGUUGUUGAGCCAACUGCUAAAGGAUCUAAAGCGGAGGACCAAGCGAGACCCAGGACAGGGAAGCAACGAUAAGAUAGCCGGCUAGGGCUAAUAUCUUCAAUACCACACCACAUUAUUAAGUCCCCAUAGAAGGGAAUUUACUUACUAUAUUAGCCUACCUAUUAUGCAUCUUCAUUGCAAAGUGAUGAGAUGCUACCCUCCAAGAAGUUCCAUAAGAUACCAUGCCCACAAGUGUGGGGAUAUAUAUGUGUGUAAUAAAAUUGAUCAAUUUCCUUGUAUUUCAUUACAGGGCUUGCUACUUAUCUUC